AUGGCGUCCGACCUGACUGCCCCGAUCCUGGACGCUCUGUCCGCGUCCGAUGCACCCCUCCUUUCCAGCGAAGCCCUCCCCUCCCACCCCUCAUUGAACGUCAAAAGUGCCCUCGACCGCCUGGGUUCUCGUCAGAUGAUCGAAUAUGAGGCAAUUGAGAAGGAUGUCAUUGCACUGACCCCCGAGGGUGAGGAUAUUGCCGCCAAUGGCAGUCACGAAGCCAAGGUCUUUGACGCCGUUGUCAAGGCCCUCGACGGCCUGAAGAUCACCGAGUUGCCUGCCAUUGUGGGGAAGGACAACGCCAAGGUCGGCCAGGGAAAUGCUUUCAAGCACGGCUGGAUUAAGAAGGACAAGGAUCUGCUGCGCGCUACCCGGGAAACCAUCGUCGAUACGACCCGUGAGGCUCUGCUGACCGUGCAGCGCACCAAGACCCUCGACGAUACCAAGGCGAUUGCCGAUCUCAAGCGGAGGAAGCUGAUUGUCCUGACCAAGGAAAUCACCUACAAGUUCUCCAAGGGCCCCAAAUACGCCCGCGAAUUCGUCAAGGAGGAGACGGACCUCACAGCCGAGAUGCUCCUCAACGGCUCCUGGAAGACCACUCAGUUCAAGCCCUACAACUUCAACGCUAAGGGUGCCCUGACACCGUCUGGUGCUCUGCACCCGCUGAACAAGGUGCGCCAGGAGUUCCGCAACAUUUUCUUCGAAAUGGGUUUCGAGGAGAUGCCCACCAACCGUUUCGUCGAGACCGGCUUCUGGAACUUCGACGCCCUCUUCGUGCCCCAACAACACCCCGCUCGCGAUCUCCAAGAUACGUUCUACAUCUCCGAUCCUCUCACUGCCGACGGCCCUCGUGAGGAUCCUCCUAACGACCCGCACUGCCCGAAGGCGUCCAAGGACAAGCCGCUUGACUACAAGCAAUACUGGGAUAAUGUGCACGAAGUUCACGAGAAGGGCAAGUUCGGCUCAAUUGGUUAUCGCUAUCCCUGGAACGCCGACGAGUCGCUGCGUCUGGUACUCCGCACUCACACUACUUCCAUUUCGGCAUACAUGCUGCACAAGCUCGCUGCCAACCCGCGGCCGGCCCGCUUCUUCAGUAUCGAUCGUGUCUUCCGAAACGAGGCCGUCGAUGCCACUCACUUGGCCGAAUUUCACCAGAUUGAGGGUGUGAUUGCGGACUUCGGUCUGACUCUCGGUGGUCUCAUUGGCUUCAUGGAAGUCUUCUUCGCCAAGAUGAACAUUCACCAGCUCCGCUUCAAGCCUGCUUACAACCCUUACACCGAGCCCAGUAUGGAGAUCUUCGGCUACCACGAGGGUCUGGGUAAGUGGGUUGAGAUUGGUAACAGCGGUAUGUUCCGACCUGAGAUGCUGGAGUCCAUGGGUAUCCCCAAGGGCAUGCAAGUCUACGGUUGGGGUCUGAGUCUGGAGCGUCCCACUAUGAUCAAGUACGGUGUCAGCAACAUCCGUGAGCUGCUCGGCCACAAGGUUGACCUGAACUUCAUCGAGUCUAACCCGGCUGUGCGUCUAGAGAAAUAA